UGACUGCAGCGUAUAUAAGAGCAGCAGGAGUGUGUUGUCGGUCACACCGCACAGGCAGAAGAAACUGAACACAAGAUGUUUACACAGAGACAGACGUACCUGGAGAGAGGUCUUCUGGCCGUGAUGCUUCUUCUGACCACAGCAGGACAGUGUGCGGUGCUGACUAACAGCCUCCAGACCACAACAACUCCUCCUCCAUCAGAUUCACCUCUGACCACGCAGCUCAGCAACAGCACCAUGGAGGAACCUCGAGUCCUGCAUCUGCACACACCAUGCGGCGACGGCUACGAAAGCUUCUGUGGAAACGGCGGCACGUGCAUUUUCCCCCAAGACAGCAAGAAACCCUCCUGCAUCUGCACGUCCUCCUACAGCGGCCAGCGCUGCAUGUUCUUCACCGAGCCGAUGCGCACUCUGCCCGAGUUGGAGCAACUGAUCGGCAUCAGCUUCGGGGUGAUCAUGCUCGUCGUUCUCCUGGGCGUCUUACUUUACUGCUGUGUCCGAAAGAGGUGUAUGAAAUCAGCGCCGCUAAUAAAAUCUGCACCAUCUGAGAUCUCUGUGUGACUUCUGCAACUUCAUCCUGCGUUUCCGGCAUCAUCGCUUGAAAUCGUACCAUUUUUUUUGUCAUUUUGUGUAAUUUAUAGCCCAGAUAAAUGAUCUGCUAACCAAGUAGCACCCAAUGUGCAUUAAAAAACAAAACAAGCCAUUUCAACAGACACACUGUGAUUGGAGGAGAAUCUGGAUGACGAGACAAGACAUCCGAAUAUUUAUUAUAAAUUAUUUUAGUUUUCGAUUUAUUUAAAGUUUUGUAAUAAAUUUGUAAAAAAAAACAA